GCGGGCGGGCUCGGUUGAUGUUGUUGUCGAGCGGCGGCGGCGCCGGGCGGCCGUUAGUUACUGUCCGAGUGAAUGAACGGACGGCGCCCGCCUCCCCUCCCCCCCCCUCAGCACUCUAACCCGGCCGGCCCGUCUCCUUCAACACAAGCCGCCAAGCCACCCUCCCCCCCUGUAAUUGAAAAUUAAACCGUGUCGGGACUGAAUGGAAGCGGACGCAGCGGCGCCGGAGGCCGGUGGAGAGGGCGAGUCGCCGGCGGCCGAGGAGGCGGCAGCAGCGGCAGCAGCGGAGGGCGACCUGUGCGCCAUCGAAUCUUUCAGUAAAAAAUCCGUAUUGGCUGAGAUGCCCUCUUCUUCUGGAAAUACAUACGCACCCACCGGCAAGAAGAUUGGACACAGGGGAGUCGAUGCUUCUGGCGAAACUACGUACAAAAAGACAAGCUCAUCCACUCUCAAAGGAGCCAUUCAGCUGGGGAUUGGAUACACGGUAGGAAAUCUCAGCUCGAAGCCCGAAAGAGAUGUGCUGAUGCAAGAUUUCUAUGUGGUCGAAAGUAUAUUCUUUCCUAGUGAAGGUAGUAACUUGACCCCGGCUCAUCAUUUCCCCGACUUCAGAUUCAAGACAUAUGCUCCAGUGGCAUUUCGUUAUUUUAGGGAACUCUUUGGCAUUCGCCCGGAUGACUAUUUGUAUUCGUUAUGCAAUGAACCCCUGAUUGAACUCUCCAACCCCGGUGCCAGUGGAUCUGUCUUUUAUGUGACAAGUGACGAUGAGUUUAUUAUCAAGACUGUGAUAAACAAAGAAGCAGAAUUUCUACAAAAAUUACUUCCAGGUUAUUAUAUGAACUUGAAUCAGAACCCACGGACACUCUUGCCAAAGUUUUAUGGACUCUACUGUGUUCAGUCUGGUGGCAAAAACAUUCGACUGGCAGUAAUGAAUAAUGUGUUGCCACGUGUGGUGAAGAUGCACCUGAAGUAUGAUUUAAAAGGUUCAACCUACAAACGGAGGGCUUCAAGAAAAGAGCGUGAGAAGUCCAAACCAACGUUUAAAGACUUGGACUUUAUGCAGGAUUUCCCAGAUGGAUUGUUACUAGACUCAGACAUGAACUGUGCCCUGAUUAAAACACUGCAAAGAGAUUGUCUGGUGCUAGAGAGCUUUAAAAUCAUGGAUUACAGUUUGUUGUUAGGAGUUCACAAUUUGGACCAAGCAGAGCGUGAGAGGCAGGUGGAGGGGUCACUAAGUACUUCUGAUGAGAAACGACCCAUGGCACAGAAAGCCCUCUAUUCCACGGCCAUGGAGUCUAUUCAAGGCGGAACUUCACGGGGAGAGUCUAUUGACACAGAUGAUACGAUGGGCGGUAUUCCAGCAGUGAAUGGGAAAGGAGAGAGGCUCCUCUUGUACAUUGGCAUUAUUGAUAUUUUACAGUCUUACAGGUUGAUCAAGAAACUGGAACAUACUUGGAAAGCACUUGUUCAUGACGGUGACACUGUGUCAGUGCAUAGGCCGAGUUUCUAUGCUGAAAGAUUUUAUAAAUUUAUGAGCAACACUGUCUUCAGAAAGUUUUCAUCACUGAAGUCGUCCCCAUCCAAGAAAGGACGAGCCUCUCUACCUGUUCCGAAAUAUGUUGGUCCAGGUCAAGCCUUCUCAGCCAGCCAGAUUCCCACAGAAGACGAUGAGAAGCGGUGUGACCUCCGAGGAGCCAGGAGCUUCCCAACUCUUGAAGAUGACGUGUUAUUGGGCCGACCUGACCUUCUACCUUGCACUCCACCUUCAUUUGAAGAAGCAACAACAGCUUCAAUAGCAACAACCCUGUCAUCAACAACAUCGUUGUCAAUAACAGAGCAGUCCGUGUCAGAAAGCUCAGAGAAUCAUCAUCGUUUCAGGAAAACUACACUUUCAUCAGUGCAGGAUGUUGGGUCCUAUGAUGAGUCGGUAGUGGAAGCAAACUUGCAGCAGGUCACGGUCGAACUGGAAGCCAAGUCCAACAUUGAGACUGAAAAUACUUUAGAGGAAGGAGCAGAAGACGAGGAAGAUAAAACGGAAGUUCCUUCAGCUUCUGCGCGUACAAGUUCGACGAUUACUUUGGAAGCGGACACUGUGAGCCAGAUCUCCGAGGCAGCCAGCCAUGCUUCUGAGGAGGGAGAGGAUGUUGAUGAAGAAGAGGAGAUUCCAGUCACGGACAUAUACUUUUUUUCAGAUGGAAUGUACUGGAUUUAUUCUCCACAGUGCAGUCAUUCCCAAGCCACUUCAGUUUCUGAUGAAAGUUGUACAGAAGAGAGGUCCUGGAUUUAUUCUCCUCUUCACUAUGGUUCUCACACCCGUUCAGUUUCAGAUGGAGAGAGUGAAACUUAAAUCUGUGCAGAUCGUUUUUUUGAAGAAUAAAGAGGGAAGUUCUUCCAGUGGAACAACUUCACUUGGUCAGAGGCAGCGUCACUCCAUUGGAUGGGAAUGAUACAACAUCAUCGCUUAUUGCAGCUGGGCUCAGUUAUGACCUGCAGUAUGUGAACCAUGAGCAAAGGAAACGGCUGGAACAGAAAUCAAUUUGGUAGAAUGAGAUCUAUCAACCUUCCAGGGGAGGGGGUCACGGAGGGGGUUGGGGGCAGUGGUACGUAUUUGUUAGUGCUAACAAUGUUUCUGCACACCUCUGCCCACGUAGCAACUCCAUCUCGUGGUUCUAUGUGCUCAUCGCUUGUCAGUGACAAAUCGCUGUUCUUUAGUCCAUGUCCUACUGAGGUUUGUUUGAUUAGAUUCUUCCCUGACACAAAUGACUUGCAAGUUGCCACAAUCGACCUUGCAGAGAAUGUAUGUUUAUUUGUUAAUAUUCCAGAUCAGUGCAGCUUUUGGCAAUGUUUCUAGUUGUGUAAAUCAUUUGUAAUUAAUACAAGCUUGUCCUUUGUGCCGAGGUUACUUUCCCUCUAGUGUUAAUCUACCAUCGUUUUGUUUCUUGCUUAAAAUAAUGAUUAAGCUGAAUGAUACUUAAAUAUUGGUAGCUAUAAACAUGGAAGCACAACGCAAAACUGAACAUGCCUCAGAUGACAUAGGUACGUUUUCCUAAACUACAAUAAAUAUGUGGUUGUUAUCUAUUUUAUAUAUAUUUUUCAUGGACUGGGGUACAGGGAUAGUGGAUCAUUGUGGAGGGUGCUGGAAAUAGAGCAGUAUUGUGAUUUAAAUUACAAUUCAAAAAUUCCCUUGUGUAUUUAAAGCAAUUUUAUUUUUGAAGCUGCAUGCAUUUUUUGUAAUUGUGAUUCACUUUUGAUGAGGGAUGUAUUUCCUGUGCUGUUUAAAACCUCCCCGAGGAAUGAGAUACGAUCCAAAUCGGCAAAGGUUAGAUGCUAAAUAGCCUAAGCACUUGUCUCGUGUAUUGCAUAGGUUAAAUAUGGGGCAACGUUUACUUCAUACAAACCCCAAUCAUGCACCACUGCAUACGAAGGAGAAAGCCACCCUGUUAAAUGUACACUCCCAACGUUAUGUAUUGAGCAUUUGUUUUUCUGACAAACUAUACACACUAGUAUAGUUGAUGUAAAGAUAGACACAAAUUGCUUGAGUAACUCAGUUGGUGAGGUAGCAUCUCUGGAGAAAAAAGCUAGGCAACAUUUCAGGUCAGGACCCUUCAGACCUUUUUUCACUAGAGAUUCUGCCUGACCCACUGAGUUACUCCAGCACUUUGUGUCUAUCUUUGGUAUAACCCAGCAUCUGCAGUCCCUUGUUUCUACAUUAUCUCUAUUAGAUGUAUUUCUAGUUGGGUUUCUAAAUUACAAGUUAUAAAGUUUUGUUUUGAAUUUUGAAAUAUUGAGAUAUCUAUGGCUACGAUCCAAACAUAUUGUAUGAUGACUUCCAAAAUAGAUAGGGUAGACAAAAAUGCUGGAGAAACUCAGCGGGUGAGGCAGCAUCUAUGGAGCGAAGGAAUAGGUGACGUUUCGGGUUGUUGACCCGAAACGUCACCUAUUCCAUCGCUCCAUAGAUGCUGCCUCACCCGCUGAGUAUCUCCAGCAUUUUUGUCUACUAUCAAUUUAGUUCACUCUUUUUCCCCAUUGCACUAAUUUUUAUUUUCAGCAACUUAGCAAUUCACUUUUGAAAGUAUCGAAUUUGGUUUCAAUGCCCUGGCCUAAACCUUAGGUUUCUUGAAUAUAUCAAUUUUUAAAUGUCACCUUACCGUGGUACAUUCUCAGUUACCUUGCAUCAGUGUCCCCUCUUUCUUGAUCUUCCUCUAUCGAAACAUUCUUUAAGGCUUCUCUUAAAUUCCUCUUUGUGUUAUUCUCAGGAAAUAGUCUCAGCCCCUCAUGUUGCUACAUUUAGUUAAAGUUCCUCAUCAUUUAGAACAUUUGAUUCUGCCUUUUAUUGCAAGUCCAGAGUUAAAUUCAUUUAGAAUUGAAGACUUGUUAUGUGUAUCAACAGUAAAAUGCCCAGUCACUAUGCCCAGUACAAAUGUCUCAAUUUACGUUAAAAACAUAAAAUGGUAGAUAAUUCUUCUGAUCGGGUUGGAUAUAGUUUGCUGUAUUCUUAUAUGGCAAUAACAGACAUGGGAGUCCUAAUGAAGUAGUAAUUCAAGAUGAUCUGAACUCAAGUAAGGGUGACUUGGGUGCGGACCCGAGUACGGGUGCUGUCUUUACGGAGUUUGUACGUUCUCCCCGUGACUGCGUGAGUUUUCUCCGGAAUCUUCGGUUUCCUCCCACAUUCCAAAGACGUACACGUUUGUAGGUUAAUUGGCUUGGUGUAAAUCUAAAUUGUCCCGAAUGUAUAUAGGAUAGUGUUAAUGUGUGGGGAUAGCUGUUCGGUGCGGACUCGGUGGGCCGAAGGGCUUGUUUGUGCGCUGUACCUCUAAACUAAACUAAGGAAGCCCUUUUUCGUUUUUGACUGUUGCCUAUAUUGCACUCAUUAACUUGCUAUUUAAAGACCACGGUGGGUUUUAUAUUGCUGAUUUGUGUUUAAUUGGUUAUUAUUUUGGCCUAUUUUUGUGCUGAUUGGUGCCUCCAGCUACAGCAUGUUCAGUGCCAUGCCUUGUAUUGUCGAUCACACUGAAGGAUUAACAAUUAAUAGUAUUACUUACUAUAAGUUUACUGAGAUACUAUCUGUAUGUACUAUGCGAGUUGCCGAACUCAUGCAGUCAGUAGCUGCUAGCUAAUAUGUAUUAGGUCACAAAGCAUGAUAUUAAGCAAUAUUAUAUAUAAAUCCUAGUUUUCAUAGAAAAUCUUUGAACAUUUUCUAAUCCUAAAACAUAAAAAUAAUUGUAUAAAUCUUGUAUCAAAAAGAAUACUUGAAUUUGUUUCUCUGUGUAUGUUUACCUAUCUUGUGGCUGCAUCUUGGAUUUCUUGUGCUCUAAGUUUGUUUUUAAAAUUGAGCUCUCAUUUAUUUUCUUGUAAAUGUUUUGUUUCGUAGUUUUCUGGUGCUAGAAGUCACUAGAUUGAGAAUCUAUUGUGAUAAAUCAUUGUUCACUUGCUGUGAAUUUGCAACGCUUCUGCAGAUGCAUUGACUUUGGGAUCACCCUUAUAGCGGAGGGUAGGGCAUCAGCUACUGAUUCAGUACAGAUGUGCUCCUGUAUCAUCCAGAGGCAGGGCAUUACAGGUGUAUUUUUGCAGUUAUAUGUCUGCUGACACCAUUUAUCUGCACCAUAUCCUCCAUUUAUUUGUAUUUAAUGUAUUUUUUAAAUGUACUUUCGCAUUUUCAAUUGUUAACUAAUCAGACAUGCUGAGUAUUUGGCUUGCAUGGUCUUGGGGUUUGUAUCCAUAUGCUGUGAGCCCAUGAUAAACACGAAGCCAAUGUAAUAUAAACAUACUCCUUUAAUAUGGAAUUAUCUAAUACUUAAAAUUCCAUUUAUUUAUUGCAGUAACUGAGCAAUAUAUCUCCACUUGAUGUCUGGGUGGAACUGUGUCCUGGCACCCUGCUGAACUGAUUAGUAGACUGCAACAGUCUGUCAUUUCUUAAGUUUUGUCCCUAGCUGUUUACCUACUGUAAAAGUAUUUUGAAAGCUAUACAGUGUCUGUACAUAAUUGAUUUUUGUAGCUGGCUUCCGCAUUAAUUUCUUCUUAAAAUAGCCAAAUCAACGUCUGUCAAUGAUUGAAGCACAAAGAUAGACACAGAAAGCUGGAGUAACUCAGCGGGACGGGGAGUAACUCAGCGGGACAGGCAGCAUCUCUGGAGAGAAGGAAUGGGUGACGUUUUGGGUCGAGACCCUUCUUCAAUCUGAAGAAGGUUCUCGACCCGACACGUGGGAGUCUGAAGAAGGGGUCAUCUACACAUUAUUAAGAUGAUUCCACAAUGGAAGAGUCAUGAAUGAGAGACAUAAUUAUAAGACAAGGUCAUUUAGAACUAAAAUAUGCUGCAAUUUCAUUGAAAGGUACUGAAUCUCUUACCUCCAAUGUUAUGGAGGCAGGAACAAUGGGGGUGCUUAAAGAGGAAGUAGAUCAUUUUUUGAGAGAUCAGAGAAUUGAGACCCUUGGGUCUCGACCCAAAACGUCACCCAUUCCUCCUCUCCAGAGAUGCUGCCUGUCCUGCUGAGUUACUCCGGCAUUUUGUGCCUAUAUUCGGUUUAAACCAGCAUCUGCAGUUCCUUCGUACACAUUGAAGCACAAAUCUGAGAGUCGACAGAUUAGUUACCAUCUCCCGACUGAUACCCGUCAGAGCUGAUGAAGUGGAACAAAUAUCCCUUCCCAGAGCAACUUAAUCCGAUUAUUUUGUUGUUGUUGUUCUGAGAGAAGUCUGGUGUUCUGACAUACAACGACCUCAUUUAUAUCCCCAAAUUAAGUGCUUUGUAGUUCAUCCAAUGAAAAUAGGAAUCGGGCUUUAAUUUCAGAUAAAUUAUUGGCUGUCUUGUUUGUAAAAAUUAAUUUGACAUUGUCUAUCAGUCACAAUAAAGAUCAUAGCAUUCCAGUGAUCAUAUUAAUUUAGUUUUACUAAUCUGGAUCUCGAAGCGUUAGAUUUUCUAAAUGACGUUUUCUGCACCCAGCAACUUGAGUGUGUUGCUACAGUAAUGAGAUGGAGAGUGAAGGAAUGUUGGUCCCACUUACUUUAUACUCUUUGUGUGUUUUCAUUAUGAUAAAUGAGGCAAUGGAUUUUGAAGAAUUAAUCAUGUUUAUAUUUUGAAUGCCUUAAAGAAUGACAGGAAUGUUUUUUU